AAAAUAGGAUAGGAGAGUGAUCAAAGACAUCAAACUAGUUGAUGAGGUUGGACUGUAGUGAAAAUGAUAUCAUUUUGAGUUUGAAAAUAAAAAAUUGAAAUAAAUUUGGUAUAAUGAGGACCUUUCCUUGGUAGGUAACGUAAUUAAGCAAAAUUUGCAUUGAUAAAAAGGCCUAAUUUCAAUUUAGCUCCUCAAGUUGUCGGUUUCCCUUCUCCUCCUGAUAAAACACCAGCGUACACGCGUCUAUUCUCUACUGAUCUUCAAACCAUGCCCUCCACCAUUUCGCCCAAAUUUUAAGCUUCAAUUCCACGCACAAGUUCCUCCGAUCUCCGACCUCUGCCUUCGCCAAUUCCUCCGCUCUCCGACCUCUGCUACUGAAGCUUAACGUUUAGUUCACAGAAACACCACCAAUUUGUCGGCGGAAACCACCACUGAUGCUUCCCAUUUCCAAUAACGCAUCUACCGACCGACCGGCAAACUCAAAAUCCAAAACCCCAGAAGUUUUAGAUCGUAAGAAUUUGUUCGACUCAUUAAAACCCUACCUCUCUUUCCACCACCGCCGCUUAUGGUUUUUCCUCGCCGUCGUCCUCCUCCAGCUCCUCAUCCUCCUCUCCGCCCCUUCGAUCCCCUUGUACCUAUCCACCGCCGGCACACCCAACCCUUCACCCACUAUACCAAAACUUACUUCCACUUCCAUCGCCAAAACCUCAAUUGUUUCCACUGUCAAUAAUAAUUCCACGACCUCCGGAAGCUGCCCAUAUGGUAAAGUCUACAUUUACGACCUCCCACCACUUUUUAACUCCGAGAUAGUGAAAAAUUGCCACGAUUUGAACCCAUGGAAUUCACGCUGCGAUGCUCUUUCAAACUCCGGUUUCGGCAAAACUGCCACCGGGAUUUCAAAAGUUAUCCCGGACAAUAUAAGGCCAUCUUGGUUUUGGACCGACCAAUUUUCAACGGAGCUAAUUUACCAUAAUCGCAUGCUGAAUUACCGGUGUAGAACCUUGAAACCGGAAUCUGCUACAGCUUUUUAUAUUCCGUUUUACACUGGUCUUGCAAUCGAGAAGUAUUUGUUCGCCAGCAACUCAACAGCAAAAGAACGCGAUCAACACUGCAAGAUGAUGCUUGAUUGGGUGAGCGAUCAACCUUACUUCAAGAAAUCCAAUGGUUGGGACCAUUUUAUCUCCAUGGGCCGGAUUUCAUGGGAUUUUCGCAGAUCGAAAGAGGAAGACUGGGGUUCGAGUUGCAUUUACAUGCCCAAAAUGCGUAACAUCACACGGUUGUUGAUUGAGCGAAACCCUUGGGACUACUUCGAUGUCGGAAUCCCUUACCCCACCGGAUUCCACCCCAGCUCCGCCACCGACUUCAUCAAUUGGCAAGAAUUUGUCCGCACACGGCGGCGGAACACCCUCUUCUGCUUCGCCGGCGCAACAAGGGGGAUUAUAAAGAACGAUUUCCGGGGGAUUUUACUGAAUCAAUGUUAUAACGAGUCAGACUCUUGCCGAGUCAUGGACUGUGCCGGGUCAAAGUGCGCAAAUGGUACGUCGGAAAUUCUAUCCACAUUUCUUAACUCGAAUUUUUGUUUGCAGCCUAGGGGGGAUAGUUUCACCCGGCGAUCCAUUUUUGACUGCAUGGUAGCCGGUUCUAUCCCGGUUUUCUUCUGGCAUCGGUCAGCCUACCUUCAGUAUGAGUGGUUCUUGCCGACCAAACCGGAAAGUUACUCGGUUUUCAUAGACCGGAAUGAGGUGAAAAAUGGGACCUCAAUAAAGAGUGUUCUUGAAAAAAUUAGCAAAGAAAAAGUUAUAAAAAUGAGAGAAAAAGUGAUUGAAAUUUUACCAAAACUUGUGUAUGCAAAGCCCAAUGAAGGAUUGGAGGGCAUAAAGGAUGCAUUUGAUGUGGCUGUGGAAGGGGUAUUAAGGAGAGUUAAGGAGCGAGAAGAGGGGUAUAAAUGGAAAUAAUUAUAAAUGGGUUUUUAGUAUCUUAUACUCAUUUUUGUAUGUUUGUAUACACAUUUAUACAAAUUAAAAAUAAAUGAUUUUUUUUCCUUUAUUGUAAAUCGUUGGAACCCUCAAGAUUGUUGCAUCUAUGAUGUUUGUAGCAUAUGGCUAUGGGGCAAAAAGCAAAUAUUUCAAUGGCCCUUUGUAUGUAUGGGUGCGUUUUGUUUUUCGAUGAUUAGUUAUUUCGCGUUUCUUCAUGUUUAAUACAACAACGUUCCUCAA